UCAUAUAAUUUUUAUAGGUAAUAAGUGUCUAUGUUACAAACUUGUGUCGUGUUCUUUAAAAUAUAUGUUGAUAACAUUUAUCGAAUUUAUGUAUAAACAUUUUGUUUGACGUGAUACAUUUAAUGAGUCUGUGUCGUCAAUAUUAGAACGUAAAGUUCGCGGGUGGCUAACUGGAGUGAUAGACGAUAUGAGACGGAGCAGUCCAGUCCAGCAAUGGCUGGAUUCCCUGCCAACAGAUUCCGAGACUUCGAAUCAAAAUGAUCCUGAAAUUGUUGUAGACCAUGGCCCUAAUCCCCAAGAACUAGUUCAAGAUUCAGAUACAAAAUCUGAUGAAAUUAAAGCAGACGAUUCUAUAACAGAAAAUACAGUUAUAGAAACAAAUCAAGAUAUAAUACAUGACGACAAAAAUCUAGAUGUACCUGGCCAGAGAGAUGGAUGGAAACGGAAAUCUUUGGAGAGUGGUACCCUUACAAGUAUUCCACAAUCAAGGAAUGUUAAAAAAAAACUACAAAGAGAUCACUCUGUUCAAUCAGAAGGUUAUACACCCCGAUUUAAAAACCCAUUAUUCAGAGAUCAUUCACUACAGUCAGAUGCUAGUGGAUCAAGCGGCAGUUCAGUCUUAAAUGUUUUAGGGGCUAGAAAAGUAGAUGCUGAAUCAGUGCUAUUAGCACUCGGAUUUGGGCCAAGUGAAAAGCAACAGAAAUUACAAAGAAUACCAGACAGAUUUUUAGUCCCUUCAAAACUCAAAGGUAUAAGUACGGAUAAGUUUAUCAAAGAUGAGCAACAUUCAAUGCGAAUGCAUGAUUGUGGAGUCUUUGGAUAUAGAGGUCUUACAGGGAAUCCUCAUGUUCCACCGUCGACAAUUGUAGCUAAAAUAAUGGAUUGUAUCCUUCAAGACGAUGUAUGUCGCGAGGAAGCGUUGAUGAAAACGCGUCAUUCCAUAGCGGACCUGCGCAACCCGGCGGCGAUACACGCACAUCUGACAUCUCGAUUGAGGAGUACUUGACUCGAGCUACUCUUCAGUCGGCUCGUGAGUUACUGUCAAAGUUAAAAUAGAUCGUGUUUGUAAUACUUUUCAUAAAUCCUGUGUGUAGGUCCUGUUUUAAAUGAAGCUUGUUUGGAUAAACCAAAGAUAUCAUUCGUUUUCGUAAUGAUAUUCAUUAAUAGACAAGAUACCAUUCAAAGCAUUCCGUAUAAAAACCACAUAAAUAAGUUUAUUUACAUAUACGUUAUAAAAAUUGAAUUGAAGCUAUUUUCAAGUUCACGAUUAAUCAUGUAAAAUUGCGCCUGCGUCAUUAAAGGAUUGUUACUCUGUUAACUAAAUUAAUAGAUAUAGCGAGUUCACUUUAUAUGCUGAAAAAUGCAAUCCACUCUAAAUCGGCUUCGGUACUGCGAAUCAAUCUGAUAAUACGUAUUACUAUAUGUCUGGUGAAAAUCCAAAAAUUGCCUCGUUUAUCUAUAGUAAAGUACUAAAUCUCAUCAUUUUUUGUACAAGAGAGAUGGUGGAUUUGUUGACACGCAAUGUAAUUAAACGCAUUUGUAAUGUGCCCUUAAACUCCGUGAUUUAGAGUAUAUUAUUAUUCCUCUUAUGAGAUUCGAAUUAAUUUUUGUCAUAGUACCUGAUUCAUUGUUGUUUAUUAUCUAUAAAUAAAUAUUUUUACUGUUUAAUAAUUCCGUUGACAUUCCUAAGGAAAUUAAAAAAAAAUCAUAGACGCAACGGUUAAUAUGAAUUCCUAAUGAAAUAGGACAAUUUUUUUUAGAUAUACUUCGAUAAAGCUCAAUCAUUUAGGCGGAACUUUACCUUUCCAAUAUUAAAUUGCGAUCGAAGCCUCAUAUUUUCAGUUUUAAUUACUUAUUCCUAUAGAGUACGUAAUAUAUUUUUAUAGGUAUUAAAAAUCAGUUUACAUUGUAAGACAAUUUACUAGAUAAAAUAAAUAAAGGUUAAACCUUUAUCCUCUUUUUAAUUCAUAAUCUUUAAAAAUGACGCUGGUGCAGUUGACUUAAAAACUGACUUCAUAAAAACUUACUUUUUACCACAUAAUAUUUGUAAUUGCGUAGGUACAUUAAUUAUACUUAAUAAUUUUGAUUUUGAAAAGCAAUAUAUGAUACUUAUUGAACAAGACGGAAUAUUUAAAUAAUUAAAAUAAUAUUAUCAAUUAGGUAAAAUAUAUGCACAAUUUUAUUUGAGAUUUAAUAUUAUAUUUUACGUGACUUAUACUCUUUUUUAGUAAUACAAUUACUUAUAUUGAAUAUGAUACAAAAUACAUUUAGUACAACCCGUGGCAUUAAAGACACGAAUAAAAAAAUGGCGGUUUUAGAUUAGAUUGGAAAAAUAAUAAUUUUUAAUACUAAUAAAUUAAAUUGCUUAAAAGAGUAGAUGCAAACAAUGUCGAUAUAUCUCACUAAAUGCAUUCGUUUGUAAUGUAACAAAUGGACACUGAGCUAAGUGUAUUGCGAUUUCUAUUUUAUACCACUCCCUGCAUGGUAAGCGUACAUUACCAGUGUCGUAGCUAUAGCGAUGAGCGCCUCUGGCAAGAUUUAAAAUUGUGCGCCCCCAUAAUUAAUGUACAAGUGUGAAAAAAUCAGUAUGUAUUAAAUGAGAGACUCUGUUUAUAAUCUGUAACUAUACUUAUUAAGUUGAAGUAUAUUUUUUAUUUGUUAACAUAAUGUUUUGAUUAUCUGUGCCAUAGCGACCCACAAGUAAUUGCCCAAUGGCAUUCGGCCCCAGCUCCUAGCUACGACACCGUACAUUACAUGGCAAUGUACUUACAUAUAUAUUGGUCAAUCAAUUGAUCAUACUGUUACAUUACAUGCGAAUUGGUCAUGAUGAGUAUCUCUCUUUCAUAUAAUAAGACGUGAAAAGACAUGAUGUAGUUCCUAAAUCGUUAAUACAUAUCUGCAACUUAGCAAUGAUUACAUCCGAUUUAAUAAUUGUUUAAUUAACAUUAAUAGGCUAGUUACUUAUUUAAGCAUAAUUAAAAAUUAUGAAAUACUUGAAUAUUUUGUAGAUUAUUAUUAUUAUUAUUUUAUGAUAAAAGAUAAUAUAUAAUAGUUUUAAUAUAUAGGUUAUUUAAGUAUUGAAGAAAAUUAAUUCAAACAAGUAAAUAAUAUAGAAUUACAUUUUAUAUUUAUUUUUAAAG